AAACGAAAGGACCGGAUUCUCCAACCGUAUAACCGACAGCACAAGGGAGGAAGAAGAGAAGGAGGAGAGAGACCCGCGCCGGCGGGGCGCCAACGGCGCCGCCCCAAUGGUGUCGGCGAGCACGGUGCUCACGCUGCUGGGCUUCUGCGCCAGCGUCCUCUUCAUCGUCUUCGUGUGCUCCCGGCUCGUCUGCGCCCUCACCCGCCGCGUGCGCCGCGGCCGCCGCCCCUCGCCGCCUCUCCCCCGCUUCCCACCCGUCGCGGUCAGAGCGGGUCAUUCCUUCCACAUUCCGUUGGACCGCCUGGGCCACACCGCUGGAGGGGGAGGGGUCGAUCCCGCCGCCGUAGCCGCCUUCCCAACCCGCGCCUUCUCCGCCGCCGGCUGCCCCCGCGGCGAUGCGGCGGACGCCUCCGCAAUGUGUGUCGUCUGUCUUGCAGAGUACGAAGAUGAUGACGUACUCCGUGUUCUUCCUUACUGCGGCCACGAUUUCCACGUGGCCUGCAUCGACAUCUGGCUAAACCAGCACUCGACAUGUCCUGUCUGUAGAGUUUCCCUGCGGAACGACCCUGGCAGAAAUCACGCCGCGCCGCCUCUGCCAACCGCAGUGAUAGUAAUUCCCCCAUGCUCCCCUGAAGUGCCAAGAUCUGAUCCAUGCCGCUGCCUGUUCUCCGGCAGAGGGCAUUCGCCAACGACAUCGUCACAGGUUCUUACAAACGAACCUGGCCAGGCGAAUCAGAUUCAGGUAGUAUGCCACCCAUCGGCGGAUCAUGGAUACAAUCCGGCGUCAUCUGAGGUUGGCUCUCCUGGUGAGAAUAACAACCAAACGGUGAAGUUGAACAUAGAGGGUCCUGGCGCUCGUAGCAUGCUGCCAUGAUGUAAAGCCUAGCUAGAAGCUGCUUGAAGUUCCUUUUCCUGCAGUCUGAGCAGACCUGUAGAAUCAGAAACAUUUUCAUGUGUGCGAGGAUGGCUGUUAUAUGUUAGUUUUCAGAGAGUUGAUGUAAAUAUGGGAAUUCAUUCGGGUUUCUUCUUAAAGCGACACAUUAUUUGUUAAA